AUGAGUGUUUUGAAGCGAGCGGCGCUGCUGCUGCUGCUGCUGCUGCUGGCAGCGAUCGGCACAAACGCAGAUUCGGACCACAAAGACUGUGACAUCCUGAAAAGAACGCUGGCAACAAAAGACCUGCACAAGAUUUUCGGGCACUGGGCUCUGGUCUGGUCCGUCUCUCAAGUUCAGUAUGGCCCAGACCUGAUGACACUCCUCUCCAGCUCCAAAGUGGAGCUCCGACUGUACCCUGACAACAACACCAUCAUGUUCAAUGAGAACAACAUGUUCCUUGAUAAGAACUGUGCCAUAUACUUCUUGAACAUGUCGAUGCCCUCUGACCCCCCCGACUCUGAACACCACACACUGCACAUCAGCGGUGGAAGGAUAGAGAGUGAUGGUGUUGUGACUCACUUCAACGAGUCCGGUGAAGGGGUUUUCUAUGAGACCUGCUCCGACUGUCUGAUCCUGGUCUACAAAGGCUCACUCGCCAAUUAUGUGCUCAGCUACAGCGGCGGUACAGCAGCGCUCCGUGACGUCAAACCCGCUGAUCCCAACAAGGAGACGCUGUGUCGUCACUUCCUGCACAUAUUCAAGAUGGAGUCAUCAGGUCUGAAGCUGAGUUUCUGGGAGAACGGACCAAAGCCCGGGCAGUUUUACUCUUUCCCCUGUUGA